AUGACUGCGCUCGAAAACCAUUAUCAAAAUCUCGCCCCCGUGCGCACCGAAUUAGAAAAUGUAAAAAUCGAGACGGCUCAGACAGCCCGUUUGGUCUGUGGCCUGGAGGCGCGCUUCGACGAUGCCGAAAAUCAUUCUCGACGCAACAACCUCAUUUUCUAUGGCAUCCCUAACGCCACUGGACCAGAAACGUUUGCCCAAUCUGAACAACUCGUCAUCCGGCACUGUCGUGAUCACUCGAACAUAACCAUAGACCCCAAAGAAAUAGAGCGUGCACAUCGUCUUGGACAUCAUACAUCUGACCGCCCUCGCCCAGCAAUCGUUAAAUUCACGUUCUAUAAGACAAAAUACACCAUUCUAACUAAUGGCCGCAAGUUCAAAGGAACAAGUUUCAGUGUUGGCGAAGACUUUUCUCGGCCCGUCCAAAAUGCUCGCAAACGCCUACUUGCGUUUGCAAAAAGCAAAAAUACGCCAUUUUCUUUACGGUUUAAAACCCUACUCAUGGGACCGAAACGCCAUGUUUUUGAUGAACCAUCACAGACCGUAAAGGAAACAGCAUAG